AUGAGUUUACAGAGUCCCUCCCUUGUAACUGGCAAUAAUGUUACAUACAAGGCUUUAGAAAGGAUGCGUCCUUAUUUGUGUGACAAAAUUAUAGCUGAGAGACACUUCGAUUACCUACGUUCAAAGAAAAUACUCACUAGAGAGGACACAGAAGAGAUUUCUUCUCGAUCUUCUAGUAGGAAAAAAACUGGGAAGUUAUUGGACUAUUUAGCAGAAAACCCAAAGGGACUAGAUGCUUUGAUUGAAUCUAUCAGGCGAGAAAGAACACAAAACUUCCUGUUACAAAAGAUAACUGACGUAGUGUUGAAAGUCAAAAAUGAAAAACUUGAAGCUCUCAAAGGUCUAAGCUGCAGCACCUGUAUGACCUCAUUGUAUGGAGGAACAAAUAACCUUUCUAGAUCAUAUUCUGAUGAGUCUAACUUUUUUGAAAAAACAAAAGACAAAGAAUCUACCCAGAUACAUCAUCCAGAAGAAGAGUACAGUACUGCUGCAUUUGUGUCUGCUGUCUCUCUUCGUUCAAUGAAUUUACCAAUUGCAGAGAUGGGAAGUACAGAGAACGUGGUUUUCUCGGGCCCCCUUCCAGGACCUGGAGAUCCUGGUGCACCACCUCUCCCACCAGAACUUCAGUCAGAACAGCAAGAACCUUCUACCAGUUCAAGUGACAAUGUCUUUUUGCCUUUAAGGUCACGUUCUCUUCAGCCACAGUGAACUGGAGUGACUUUGUGUGUUCAUCCAAAGGGUAUUGAAAUUUUGUGUGAUGUCUUGUAAGGAUAAAUGUUUUCAAACUGUUAAUCUGCAAAAUCAGAGAAAUAACCCGUGCUAUUUACAAAAAUACCGAACUCCUUAAAAACAGUAUCAUCAGGUGACACUGUAGCUGCUUGAUUUUUAUGUUCUUUAGGGCGCUUUUUAAAAAAAAAAAAAAAGGUACUACACCAGCAAAGAUUUGUUUUUUAAACUAGCUUAUUUAGGGUUUCAUAUUUUAAUGUUAAUUGCAGAUAUUUAAGCUGCAGUUUCAGAACAGCGGUUUAUUUUAUGUUCCUACAGUAACUUUUUCCCCCCCUAAUGUUUCUGUGACAGGUGGGUGGGAAAGAUGCUUAGGAAAAGAACUUGAGUAUUAAAAAAUAACCUUCUGAACUUAAAGCUUAAACUCACUUCCUGAAAAGCUUAAAUUAAGUGUUUCUUUGUAGGAGAAAGUCUGCCUUCCGUGUAGAGGUGUGUAGCUUCCAUUGCAAAAACUGAAUCUGACCAAAUCUGUAGCUAUGCUUGUUUGUAAGAACUCUUUUAAUUUUCUGAACUUUGUUCUUUGUGCUAGUAGUAAGUUGAAAGGCACUCAAUAUUGCAGUGAUUUGAGUAGGUAAAUAUGCUUCCACAAGUUUUAGCAUAUUAUUCUUGUAUAUUAUUUAGAGAUUUCUGAUUUGAAAUGCACUUUAAAUUUAAAAUCACAUGGAAUACUGGAAAGGAAUGUAAACUGCUGUGACCACAUCAUGUGGACUGUAAGAAAAUCUUACUCUAUAAUGCUAUUAAGGAGCAAAGUGUGUAUGCUUUGUCCCAGUAGAUAGGUAGAGGAGGAGUCCAGUAGCAAGAAAGUAUCCUUCACUGAAGGACUCCUGAAAAUGUUGCACUUCAGAUAUGUACUUGUCAAAGCAGAUAGACACGUUUACAUUUCAAAUUGUUUGGAGUCAAACACAUUUAAACUAUUUCAACAUGGGAAGGUUCUCAUAUUUCCUGAUACGGUUUAACGUGCUAUAUUCCUCAUACUCUCCUCCUAAGUUGCAAUCUACUUUUUAUGAAGCUGGCUUAAAUCAUUUAAAAAUUAUUCGCCAAAGACAAGCUCUUACUCAAAAAUGUGUAUAGGUAACUGUUCUGCAUACUACAUUUUAAAGUGAUGCUUUCAGUAUAUCAAAAGGUAGGUUUGUAUUUAAGGCUUUAAAUUAAUUUGUCUCUCAUAGACCACUAUAGCCAUUUUAUUCUAUUUAACCUCAAGCCAGGUAAUAUUUCUAAACAUGUUCUCCUUGUCUGGAGUCAGAGACUUUGCAAGACCACAAUACAGUCUCAAUGUUUUUGUCAUAUUUGCUCUGGUUUUGGAAGUAGAUUCAAAUAAACGGCAGUGUUUAACUACAUUCCAUCUUUAGUAUAUAAGUAACUUGCCCACAUCUGAUAAAGAUGUGGGCUUUUGUAUAUUGUUUAUAAGAAUCCUUGGUUUUGUGAACAUCUAAGGUGGCAGACCAUCCUGAUGGUCAAAAUGCCUCUAAACUGCUUCAGUUCUGAAGGCGCUCUGGGAGUUAAGUGCCUAAAUACAAGCAAAUAUCUUACUCUGUAUCAUGAAGGUUAAGGGUUUGUUAAAUGCCUGUCUCCUAUAAACUUGAACUGUAGUUGCACAUACUCAGGGUAUUAAAAUAUAUAUAUAUAUGUAGGUCUAAAUGCUCCCUCUGUCACUGCAACUGCUUUAAGAGCUGCACUUGUAUUCCCAAACCUGUUUUACUGCUUUGUUAAAGCUUAGGUUUGGGUCCCUUCAUUGCUGUGAGCCCUUGAUUCCUUUCCAGCCAAUGGACACAUCAACUUCCCUUUUAAGUGUAUUUUUAACUCAGUUUUAGAAAAGCAUUCAGGAGUUUGCAUGAGAGUCUGCUCUGUGUUUACUUGAGCUUCUUGGACUCUUGUAAAUGGAGGAAAGAGAGAGAGAGAGAACAAGCUUGCCGCUAACUAGUAAGUGCAUCAGCUUAAGGCAAGCACUGUCUUGUAACUGUAAAUCGGAAGGUAUAAUGUGUGCUGCCUACCACGCUGCACAGUGUGCAGUAGGUCUUCCUGUGCAGAGAGCUCUCCUGCAGUGGAGCUUAUUAAACCUGAGAUUUUAAAUGAAUGUAUAAUCUUACCAAAUAUUUGUAACAUGCAUUUCUUUUUAAUUUGUGAAAUAUUUUUAUCACAACUUUUGAAA